AUGAGCAUAAAAGAAUAUUGUAUGCCAACUUCUACAAGAUCUUGUGAACUAUUAGAAAAUAGAGAAUAUUUAAAAGAAACAAGCUAUGAUUUAAUUGCUUUACACGAGAUUGUUAGGAAAACGUAUAUGUUUUUGGUUGCUCCUGGUGGAACCGUUGUGGAAUUGAAGGACCAUGGAAUUUGUAURUUGGAAAAUUGUGAAUUAUUAGAGCCCAAAAUGUUCAUAGUUCAUCCAGGAGAUAAAAACGCAUUAAUUCCAAUUAUUAUCAAAAUUGAAGUUUUGCGUGAGUCAACUUUAGUUUCUGGUGGGUGGAAAUCAUACUCCUAUCUGAAAGAUAUUGACAUCAUAAUAUUUGCAGGUAACGCGUUGGUGAUUGCAGCAAUUUUGUUGGAAAGGAAUUUACAAAACGUGGCCAACUAUCUCAUUGUCUCUUUAGCGGUCGCCGAUUUAAUGGUAGCAUGUUUAGUCAUGCCCUUAGGAGCUGUUUAUGAGAUAAGCAGAGGAUGGAUUUUAGGCCCAGAACUAUGUGAUAUGUGGACUUCGAGUGAUGUACUAUGUUGUACAGCUUCAAUACUUCAUCUCGUCGCAAUAGCUGUUGAUAGAUAUUGGGCUGUAACGAAUGUUGAUUACAUCCAUACGAGAAACGGUCGAAGAAUAGUGGGUAUGAUUAUUGUGGUGUGGUUUGUGGCACUAGUCGUGUCAUUGGCUCCACAGUUUGGCUGGAAGGACCCGGAUUACCUGGACCGUAUUAAUAUCCAACAGCGAUGUAUGGUCAGUCAAGACAUUGGCUAUCAGAUAUUUGCCACAUGUUCAACGUUUUACUUGCCUCUACUAGUCAUCCUGUUUCUUUAUUGGAAGAUAUUUAAGAUAGCCAGGAGAAGGAUUCGUAGGCGAAGAGCUCAAAGGAACGCAAUGCUAGAACAUUCUAGGUAA